AUGGACCACCCCAAAAGGCUCACUGUUGCAAUUCCAGACGCACAGAUCGCUGACCUGAAGUCCAGGUUGAGUCAGACUCGCUGGCCUGAUCAACUUGAAGGUGUGGGAUGGGAGUACGGAUCCGAGCUCAGCUACGUGAAGGAACUCGCGGAGUAUUGGCAGAACACCUUUGACUGGAAGAAGGCUGAGGCAUCCCUGAACUCCUUUGCCAACUACGAGAUGCGGGUGAAUGGGAUCGAGCUGCACUUCAUCCACGAGCGCUCGACAGACGCAGACGCAAUUCCCAUCCUGCUGUCGCAUGGCUGGCCUGGGAGCGUCUUUGAAUUCCACAAGAUUAUCAGGAAGCUCACCACGCCAGGUGCAAAUGGGGGCAAGAAACAGGCCUUCCAUGUGGUGGCUCCCUCGCUGCCGGGCUAUGGCUUCUCAUCGGCACCGACAAAGCCCGGCUUUGGAGUGAACCAGAUCGCGGCCACCUUCGAUGAGCUCAUGGUCAAGCUUGGGUACAGCAGCUAUGUCGCACAAGGUGGCGACUGGGGCAGCGCCAUAACCACGGUGCUGGGCGCGCUGCACUCGGAACACUGCAAGGCCAUCCACAUCAACCUCUUAAUUGCGUCCCCCAGCCUAUUAAACCCCUGGCACCUGGCCCAGAUUGCCAAUGCGAGCCUGCCCAUCGCCAACUGGUUCCCGCUCUUCAUCAGCUUCCAGGAGAUGGCCUGGCUCAGAGCCUCAAAAGACUUCAGGGACAAGGAGACGGGGUACUCCAAGAUCCAGGGCACCAAGCCUCAGACGCUCGGCUACGCACUGAACGACUCCGCAGUCGGGCUGAUGGCGUGGAUUGUGGAGAAGUUCCGCACAUGGAGCGACUGCGGCGGCGACGUGGAAAGCCGGUUUACUAAGGAUGAGCUGCUGACUAACGUGAGCCUGUACUGGUUCAACCAGAACAUCACCUCCAGCACUCGCCUGUACUACGAGACCAUGGGCCCCUUUGCGACAAAGACCUUCCACCGAGGUCCUGUACCCACGGCUGUGGCGAACUUCCCCAAGGAGCUCUUCUGCUCGCCCAAGGCCUGGGCAGCCUCACAGUACAACCUGAAGCAGUGGUCCAAGUUCCCCUCGGGCGGCCACUUUGCAGCGCUGGAAGAGCCUGAUUUGCUGGCAGAGGACAUCCAGAAAUUCUUUGCCGAGUAUCAUUGA